UAUGCAAAACGAAAGCACAGCGUCGCGACGCUGACAUGGGUUCAUCGUUAUGCGAUCUGUGGCAUAGAGCUGGAGAACCAUCGAUGGGACCAUCGAUAGUAUCGAUGGAAAUUUAGUUUUUCGAUAUAUCGAUGGAAAUUUGCCGAUGUCGAUAUAUCGACGCUUCAGAAAAAGUUGAGAAGUUCCGCAUCGAACGAAACCAGGCAACUUACCUCUUGUUCUAUCUGGCAGUUCCUCAUUAAAAAUGGACAAAUUUGUCGCUACAUCAAAAAAAAAUUCUGCUUGCUCUUCACCAACGCCUUCUAAUAUAACUGAUGACGCUGCUGUUGCAGAACCCGAUCAUAAGUGAAAAAAAUGCGUGUCGGAAGUUUGGUCUCAUUUUGACCGAUCAAAAAAUAAAAUGUUUGCCAAAUGUCGACAUUGCCAAAGAGAAUACCGCACAAGUGGCAAUACAUCUAACUUGAUGGAACAUCUAAGACGAGUCCACCCAUUUGUUAAUAACGAACAGAGGAGUACCAAUACAGUGAAGCAAUUGUUUGCUCGCAGCGAAUGUUACGGCUCCACAUCGACCAAGAAGGCACAGAUUGACAAGUCUCUUGCUCGCAUGGUGGUACUUGACUUGCAGCCUUUUAGCAUAAUCGAAAAUGUCGGCUUUAGGCAUUUUGUACGAACAUUGGAUGAAAAAUAUGUUUUGCCAAGCCGACCAUAUCUGAAAGACGUUCUGGUAAAAAAUAUGUACGAGGAUUCGUUGCAGAAGCUUAAAGUUAUAUUAAAUGCAAUUGAUUUUUGCUUAUUAACGACCGAUACUUGGACAUCCCGAGCCAAUGUAAAUUACCUUACGGUGACAUGUCAUUUUAUAGACAAUUUUAAACUGAGUUCUGCUGUAUUGUCUACGCUCCCUCUUGUUGACCAAACCAAUCACAACAGUGAAAAUAUUGCCACAACACUGCGAGCAAUUUGCGAAGAAUGGGCCAUAUUUGACAAAAUUCAAACUAUUGUCACAGAUAAUCCAUCGUCUAUGAUACGAGCAUGUGAUAUUUUGAAGAAAAAGCACUUGCCAUGUUUCGCUCAUACCUUAAAUCUUGUUGUGCAAGACGUUUUGGCUAAAAAUAAUGUGAAGCAAAUAUUACAAGUCGUUAAACGCAUUGUUACAUUCAUUAAGAGCAGCUCAAUCGCCAAUGCCAAGUUUAUGAAAGCUCAGGCCACCGAUAACCCUCUUAAGUUGUUGCAAGAGGUGCCAACAAGAUGGAAUAGCUCAUUUUAUAUGCUGUAACGGUAGGACCCCUACGUACGAGGGAACCGCUUAUUGCGACUCUUUUAAAAUCGCAAAAUGCGCCGAUUCCUUUAUCGGAGGACCAGUUUCGUGUGAUCGAGGACCUUUGCUCUCUACUUGAGCCCUUUGAGACAGCAACAAAACACUCUUCAUCGUCAAAUUCUGUAACAAUUUCGCUAAUCAUUCCAGCAGUAUUGGCCUUGACAAAAAAUUUGGAAGAGUUGUUACCUAAUAUGAUCACAGCAGUUGGCACGGAAACCUGUUCAUUUUUAAUGAACUCGGUGAAAAAGAGGCUAUACCCUUACGAGAAUCGGUCUGACCCAAGACUUGGAACCCUUCUUGAUGCUCGCUUCAAAAAGGAGGGAUUCCAAAAUGCAGGAAAUGCACAACAAGCUGCAUUAGCACUAGAAGAAGAGUUGUGCAGCUUUAAAGAUUAUGCGACAAAACCCAACAAUGAGGAACUGCCAAAGGAGAACAGAUCACCAUUUUUAUUCAAAUUUGUGGAGCAAAAAAUUUGUGAUAAAGUAUCAAAUCGCCGGGCGGAUGCGAUUGUAAUGCUGCGACAGUACAUGGAGCAACGCAAUGCAUCUCACGAUACCGAUCCGCUUCAGUACUGGAAGAUUAAUGAACAUCAAUUAAAUGCCCUUAGUCGCUGUGCCUUAAAAUUCUUGUCAAUCCCGGCUAGCUCCGUAGAGUCAGAACGCAUUUUUAGUAAGGCAGGGGCGAUUAUCACGGACCGCCAGAGUUCCUUAAAGGCAAAGCACGUUAACCAAAUAAUUUUUUUGAAUAAGAAUCAAUGGUUGGAAAAAUACGAACAUUAAUGAAGAUUUUAAACCAAACAUAGAUCUCUUAGACAAAGUACAUAUGAAAUAUGAAUGUUAA